AUCCCAGAGCACUGAUGGGACAAGCAGCUCCGGCCAUGGCGGAUGUGCUGGAAAUAACCCUGGGGAGGCCAGGCCCCCCCCUUGCCCAGGCCACAGGACCCUAUAAAGACACCCAGGGAGCCAGGGCUGAGCUCAGCCCAGCACAGGGAGGCACCAUGAAGUCCCUGCUCCUGCUGACCCUCCUGGCCCUGCUCACCCUCGGCCUCUGCCGCAGAGCUGCCGGUGGCUCUGCCGGCACCAAGGACUCGCCCGGCUCCGCAGCCUUUGUCUCCAGACGCGCCAGCGCCGAGCUGGUGCAGAGGCAGAAGCGCAAUCUCGGCUAUGGCAGCAGCGGCCCUGGAGCCCCGCCGGACCCGCUGGAGGCCAAGCGCGAGGUGUGCGAGCUCAACCCCGACUGUGACGAGCUGGCGGAUCAGAUCGGGCUGCAGGAAGCCUAUCGGCGCUACUAUGGGCUGGUGUAAGCCCAGCCCUGCUCGGGGAGGGGGCUGAGCUCCAGAAACCCCCCCCGCCAGCCCCUUCCCCUCUGCACCUGCACCCUCUCACCCUUUCUGUUCGCCCUGGAAAGAAAUAAAUGCAAACGUGGAGCCAG